AUGAUUCUGUUGGCAUUGGCUAUUUUCACCAUAUUUUCCAUCGCUAACACCGAGGCCAGGAUCGUAUUUCGCGCCAUCCAAGGCGUCGGUGCCUCUGGAAUAUAUGCUAUGGUCAACGUUAUUAAUCCUGAAUUGGUUCCAUCUGAAAAAUGGGGCAGUAUUGUCGCUGUUACUUCUCUAGUCAUCGUUGUCAGCUCCGUCCUUGGUCCAGUUCUGGGAGGUAUCAUUAACGACCAUUCGAGUUGGCGAUGGGUUUUCUUACUAAAGUUUGUUGUCCUUCCCCUCCCUCACCUCACGCUGCCUUGA